UCACAAGUUGUACAAGGUUCGAGUGGCCAGUCGCGAGUUGUGUGCCAGUGUGUACACACGCACCAGCCUCCUAAAGGUUCCUCACGAGUGCACUCACGCCCGAUUCGCGCGUCUAUACGUGAUUUAAUUAGCCUAAGGAUUUUCAUAGACACGAAGGUGGCGUGAGGGCGCGCUUCCAAGAUGGCGGCGACCAAGUACUCGCACCCCUUCAUGCAGGGGCUGAAGUCGCUGCCCCAGGAGUAUGAGGAGGAGAUACAGCAGACCAGAGAGUGGGUGAAGAGCCAGCCGCACCUGCCGUACAUCUCAGACGAGUACCUCGUGCUGUUCCUGCACUCCAACUACUACAAGGUCAAGGAGACCAAGGAGACCAUCGAGUACUACUUCACGCACCGCACCAACACGCCAGACCUCUUCACCAACCGCGACCCGCUCUCGCCUAGGAACCAACAGAUAUUGGAUAUUGCCCACAUGAUCGGCCUCCCGAACAAGACAUCCGAGGGCUACCACGUGCUUCUCUACCGGCUCUCGGACUUCGACUACAGCAAGCUGAACUUCGCGGACGCCGUGCGGGUGUUCUGCAUGUUCAAUGACGUGAAGCUUUCCGAAGACAGGCUGUCGGACGGGUACAUCGUCAUCUUUGACAUGAAGGGCUGCAGUCUCGGCCACCUCACGAGGGUCACGUUGCCGGCGCUGAGGGCGUUCAUGGUUUACAUUCAGACCGCGCACCCGUGUCGUCUGAAAAAGAUCCACGUGGUGCAUACAGUCUCGUUCAUCAACCAGGUGAUGUGUCUGGUGAAGCCUCUGAUCCACUCCAACCUGCUCAACCUGCUCAACUUCUGCUCCGAGGGCCCCGCCGCCGUGGUCGACAAGGAACUGCUACCCGAAGACUACGGCGGCCCCCUGCCCCCCGUCAAGGACUUCCACGCCGAACAACGCAAGAACAUGGAGGAAACCUACAGAGACUGGCUUAUAGAGACGGAAAUGUUUAAGGUUGAUGAGAAGAAAAGAAUCAAGAAGCCCAGUAAAGGCUUGUUCGCUAGCUUGACCAGCAGUUUCAAAAGUUUAGACAUCGACUGAUGCUGCGUUAGUGAUUUUAGGGACCUGAACUCGUGUAUCUGUUAAAUUCUUUAUGGUGCUGACUUGCGUUUUUCACUCGUUUGGUCUUCCGGUAUACACUGUUUUCUCAAAUU